AACCAAGUCGCUGAGAUCCCAAUAUCAUAUGAUAGAAAUUAUCCCUUCUUUGAAGAUGAAGAGAAAUUUGAAUAUGAGAAUAAAGUAUUGAAUGAAGCUAAAAGUUUCUACACCAAGAAGUUACCGUCAAAUAAACCUGAUCCUGAGGAUGAGCCUCUAGAACAAAAAUUAGAGAAAAGUAUAGAUAAAACUCACUUAACUCUAAAACAAAGACAAGAAGCAAAAAAUUUUCUAAAUAAUAAAAAAACUAUUUUUGUGUGUGAUACCAACAAUUUAAAUCAGACCAACUUGAUGAUAUAUGAAAUUGACAUAAGAAGGUAUAUAGUCAGUCGUGAUAGUGUUCGUCCUGACAAAGUUAAAUUAGAUAAAAUAAAGCAUUUUUCUGCUCCA